AAAGCAUAAAAGAAAAGGCCCUCGUUACUUUGUGAGAGAGCUUUGGCGCAGGGAGCGAGGGAAAUCUGUAUUUGCUUAUUUUGGUGGAGAAAGAAUUCACGCACGCUAAAUUUGGGCGGCGGUUUCACAUUUUCUCUGCGGUUAGAGGAAUCUUCGGGUCCCAACAUUAUUUAGUAGCAUUGGAAAUCUUGGCAUCAGUUUGAUUGUGACUUUCUGCUGCUUCAUAUGGUGCAGCUUACUAAUCUGUGUUUAAUUAUUUUAGAUGAGGAGGCAUUGAAUAGAUUAUAGAAUUACAAGGGAAAGAAACUGGAUUCAUAUAUGAACAGGCAGUUAGAGGAAACAUUUUAAUUUGGUUAGUGGCUUUAGUUGGAUAAGGAGAGGUAAAACUAUCGCACUUGAUAUCUAUGAUGGGACAUAUAGAGAAUGUAAAUCAAGAACUAGAAUCCAACAUAACAGAACGUCCGAAGGCUCCUGAAAGUCUGGCUGAAAACCCAAAAUGCGAACAUCUGACUUCGGAAAAUAACAAAAGGGACUGUGUGACCUUAGCUACUGAUUCAGAACAAAAGGAGGCCAGUAGGGCUCAAGAUGUAGAAAAAGAGUUAUGUUCAACAGGAGAAAGACUAGAGAGAGUUGCAGAAGUUGAAUCAAGGAAUGGACAGAUCACUGAGAAUUUAGGUGUAGAAAAGCUAGAGCUGGAAUUGAAGUGCUUCAAGGCACCGCCAGUCUCUGACAACCGGGAGGUGGCAUUGCAAAAGGGACCAACUGAUGCAAAUGUGUUGAUACCUUUUGGCGCCACAUCGGUUAAUUCUGGUAAUGCAUCUCUGCAGGCAGAUAAAGUUGGUGAUUCCAAUCACUUGUACAGAGAAGACAUAAUCUCUUCUGGGAAAUUGAGAACAACAAAUACCAAGCUGAAGGUCCCUGUAACUAGUUCAUGGACAUUGCGAUCAAAAUCACGGGAGAAGACCAAGGCUUUAGAGCUUGAUGACAAUGGGAAAGAAGGCAACUCUACUGAUGAAAAGAAGAGGAGGGGAAGAAAGCCGAUGCAAACGAAGAAAAGUACCCAUAAUGAGUUCUCAAGAACUCGGAAUCAUUUGAGAUAUUUAUUGAACCGGAUUAAAUAUGAACAAUACAUGAUUGAUGCUUACUCAGCUGAAGGUUGGAAAGGACAAAGCUUGGAAAAAUUAAAGCCAGAGAAGGAACUCGAGCGGGCUAAGUCUCAUAUUGUACGUUACAAAUUGAAGAUAAGAGCAUUGUUCCAGCACCUUGAUCAGUUGCUUCUCGUGGGAAAGCUUCCAGCAUCUCUAUUUGAUUCUCAAGGAGAGAUAGACAGUGAAGAUAUAUUUUGUGCCAAAUGUGGCUCCAAAGACCUGACGCUUGAUAAUGAUAUAAUUUUGUGUGAUGGUGCGUGUGAGCGCGGAUUUCAUCAGUUUUGCUUGGAACCACCUCUCCUAAAAGAAGACAUUCCUCCUGGUGAUGAAGGCUGGCUUUGCCCUGGAUGUGAAUGUAAAGCCGAUUGCAUUGACAUCCUUAAGGAUUUUCAGGGCACUAAAAUUACCAUCAAUGACAGUUGGGAGAAGAUCUUUCCUGAGGCUGCUGCAGUUGCAUCUGGGAAUAAAUUAAUUGAUGGUUCUGGGUCUGGAUCUGCAUCAGAUGAUUCUGAGGAUGAUGAUUAUGAUCCCGAAAAGCCCGAUGUUGAUGAGAAAAUUAAAGAAGAUGAUAAUGAGAAGGUUGAAGAAGAUGAAUCAACUUAUGAUGAUAGAUCUGACGAGUCAAGUUACUCUUCUUCAUCUGAUGAUUUGGCACCCCCUCGUAAUGAUAACAAGUACUUGGAGGGUUCAUCUGAUGACUCAGAAGAUGGUGAUUUCGAUCCGCUUUCUGUGGAUCAAGAUAAGCAAGUGAAGGAGGAUGGUUUGAGCUCUGAUUUCACCUCUGAUUCAGAGGACUUUGGUGCUCUACUUCAAGAUGACACUACACCUGAUGCAGAUUCUGGGAGAAUUUUGACACCGUCAAAUCAGGAAUACCCGUCAACAGCCUCCAAAGAAGGUAAUCAUAAAGUGGGUAGGAUGGAGAAGCAAACACUGAAAGAUGAACUGUCUUACCUAAUGGAAUCUGGCAGUGGACCUGUAUCUGGCAGAAGACAAGUGCAGCGGCUGGAUUACAAAAUGUUGAAUGAUGAAACAUAUGGAAAUUCUACUUCUGACUCAAGUGACGAGGAUUUUGGUGAAACUACUGCUCCAAAGAGGAGGAGGACUAACUGCGGGAAAGCUGUGGCUCCCUCUCCUAUCAAAACUCCAAUCACCAAUAGCAUGGCAAACACAAGCGAUGGAACCUCAAACGAAAACAAACACUUGUCCAAACGAACUCGAAGAUCUAUCAGUGAUGGGGUAGAAAAUGAGUCACCUAACGAUGGUUCUUCUAGUGCAGUGCCUACAAAGUCUGCUUCUAGAAGGCUCGGUGAAGUUGCAACACAGAGACUCUAUGCUUCCUUUAAUGAGAAUCAAUACCCCACCAGAGCUACGAAAGAAAAUUUAGCCAAAGAACUUGGGCUGCUAGUUCGACAGGUUUCUAAAUGGUUUGAGAAUACGAGAUGGAGCUUCAACCAUCGCCCACGCAUGGAGUCAAAUUCAGCCGAGAAACCAAAUAAUCGUGCAGACAAUACCUAUCCUACUCCUAGUAAACAACCACAAGAGUCGAGCAGAAACUUAGCUCAAGAACAUACAGCCACUGCUGCAGGAGAACAUUCUGGAACAAUAAAAUCCCGGAAGGGGAAACACAAGUCGAAAGAGGGAUCGUCAGAUAAUAAUGGAAAACCCGAGGAUCAGAAUGCGUCAGUCGAAGCACAGUCUCCCCAAAUUUGCAGGAUCAUGACACGGAAAAGAAGCGGCAACUCGAAUAAUUGAGAUAUUAUUCUUCAAAGGCGAUGUUUGGCAUCUAUAUACACAUGGGAUCGUCAACCUUGUCAACAGGUUUGAGCCAAUAAAUUACUGUGCGAUGUGUUCCUGUAGAAUGAGCUCUUUUCUGUUUGUGCCGAGGUUUCUAAAAUUCACAUUACAUUAAGAUAUUCUUAAACUUCAGUGAGUUGUAUCUUCGUCGUUGGCCGAGCAUAAGACUGAACCUUAUAGUAAUACAACAUACGGAUGUUAUGCUCUAUUUAUGAUGAAAAACUUAGUUAUAUACUUUACCUAAGUAGCGGAGUUUUUAUACUCAAGACCAUUAUUUUUUAUGGCGAUUGUUACAGUGGUGUAAUAAUAGUCGAGAGACAGAGACUGUUUUAUUAUUGCA